GUGCCGAGAAUAUGGGAUCGGUUCGGCCAUGUUACCUUUCUUAUUGACACUAUUGACAGGUCGUGUUGUUUGGUGAAUUUGUGCAUUUAAAGAAUUUAUUUUAUACAUUAUUUUGAACUUAUUUUUGUUGUGUGUUUCAGUGAUUUUGUAGUGACAAUAAUAUGCCGUCGUGUGCGUACCCAUUGUGUGAUUAUAAUGCCGGAAAUAAGAAAAAAUUCUCCUCCAAAGUCACUUUACAUGGUUUUCCUAAAGAUGUUAAAAGGAGAGAGGCCUGGAUUCAGUUCGUAAAUAAAGAGAACUGGGAACCCAGGAAAGGUAGCAAAUUAUGUACAAGACAUUUUGAAGAGAGGCAUGUAGAUAGGACUUCCUUAGCUCAUCCUAUUCGUUUGCGAGAAAAUGCAAUCCCUACAAUUGGUGAAUCUCAGGUGCUACAAAUGCAGGAGAAUUCAAAAGUGAGGAUAUUAUCUAAUAUCAGUAUAAUGUCAGAAAGGAACGUAAUUUCCAAUGUAUCUCCAGAUAUUCCUAGUACAUCAUGUGAGUUAACUCCUAGGAAGUGGAAGAUAUCUAAAGAAUUAGGUCGUUCGCAGAAAAUUAGUAGUGAACGAAAACGAAGAUUAAGGAAUGUUCGUCGAAGACUACAAAGAAGUGAGAAACAAAGAAGUUGGUUUAUUUGGAUUUAUUGUUUCAUUUGGAUUUUCAUAUUAUUUAAACUUUUAAUUUUUGUAGAUGUCAUUGUUUUUAUUUUCAAACAUAAUUGUUAGAACGACUAACUGUUGCUCUUUUAAUUUGAUUACUUCCGGAAGUAUUUAUUUUUACGCUACUAAGACAACUAAUAUUUUCUAACUUAUAAAUUGUCAUUACAUUGAGAGAUAUCAAUGAUAUUACAUAUCGACGUACGUUUUACUUAAUGUUUUGAUUUAAAUUGUUUACAAAUGAAUCAUGACGUUUGUGCAAAGAUAUAAUGGAACAACUAUAAUUUCCGUUUUCUUGGUGUAACAUCAAUAUUCAUAUCGUCGCCUUAGUACCAUAACUUGAUAACUCCAAAAUUGAUGUUUUUGAGAUAACUAGUUCACAAGAUGUAUUUUAUUUGCCUCCAUAUUGCGUAAAAACUUGAUAACUCUCUCCAAGCGAGUUAUAACUAUUUAUUUAUGAUUGACGAAGGUUGAUAAAACUCAAAUGCCCCUAAUAUUCAGUGCUACAACUUGACAAGAUAAGUUAUCAAGUUAUUGUUUAAUCGGAAUAUUCGUUAAUGCAACAUAUGUACACUGAAUGCUACAACUAGCUAAUUAGAGUUAUCUAGUUGUAGCACGUGUUUUUCUGAAACCAUUGAGCUUACCACUUAAUUGCUAUCUCUUUAUUCGGUUCAUGUUAAUGCAAAAAUUGAAGUGCGAGAAUUGUUAGUAGAUCUGGCAACGCCCAUGGCAGAGGGCUAAUUUUUACCAAAAUAAAGCUUAAAAAAUCAGUUUUGUUAUAAAGUUCACUAAGAUGCAACUUGGCACGGCAUGCGACAUUACCAAAUGUUAACAUUAUGGUAGUGCUAAAAGUUGAUAACUUUAAUUUUUCGUUAUUUUCCAUAUUGUAAAACAAAUUUGCACCGUACUCCUAAAUAGAUCAGUAGCCAAAAAGUUAAGGAACAGUAUUUUAGAGCUGCAGAAUGAAUCACGUAUUUACCAACAUCAUGGUAGCAGCACAAAUAUCUUUAAAAUCUUUAAACCCGUUUAUCUCAAAACUACUAAUUUCGAGUUAUCAAGUUAUAGUAUUAAGUUUAGGUGGUUAUAGUUAUGGUAGUUAUAGGUGGUUUAUGUAUAUGGUAUGGUUUAUGUUUAUUAGUAUAUGGUAGUUAUGAUACUUAUGGUGGUUUAGGUAGUUAUAGUAUUAAAAUUAGGUUUAGGUUAUAGUAUUAAGGCGACGAUAUGAGAAAUGGGUUCUGUAGAUUCAGUUGAUGUACUGGGCAUAUCUUAAUAUGGAAGUUCAAUUUAGUCUAUAACAUAUUUUUUCUAUGCUCAUACUUUAAUAUAGGUUCACUACCUGUAUCAUAAUGAGCUUCAUUAUGAUACAGCUUUUCAUUACGCUGCAGAUUUUUAACUAAUAGAAUCGCGAUAUGGCAUUAGCGAUGAAGGUGGCACACGCGCAAUGACCAAUGGCGAGUGAAAUACAUACGCUUUGACAGUUCUUAAUAUGUAAACAAACUGACUAAUUUAAAAAUUAAAUAUUUUUAAGAAAAUGUCUGAAGACGGUAGGGAUAUUAAAAAUUUAUCCUCCAAAUUCAUUUUAAUAAUUGUAAUAUUGAAAAUAUAAAUGUAUCAACAAAAUAAUUAAUUAAACCAUACAACUACUUAAUUUCUUUGCGUUACAAAAUUAAUAAAUUUGAAUAUAUUUUUUGUUGUGAAUGAUCAUAGAAAAAAUCGUGUAUACAACUUGCAUUUAAUUAUUAUCAUUAUGAAGCUCGUAUGCUAUAAGAAAGUCGCCGCUGGGCGGCUCGUUUCGUAUCCGUCAUACUCGCUUCAUAGUGACCAUCAUUAAAUGCUCGUUGCAUAAUAUACUAACAUGUCAUAAAAAAGAAAAAUGUUAUUAUCUAUAAAUUCAUAUAAAAUCUACAAUGAAAAUAUUAAGGUAUCUUUUUCGAGAGUUUCAAUGCUGUCAUUCUGUAAACUUUACACUCUUUAGGUAAGACCGAUUCUGGAAUAUGCUGGUGGAACGUGGUAUCUUGAUUUGGUUCGAGACAAAACUUUGUUGGAAAACAUUCAAAGAAAAACCACUUGAAUUUCAUUGGAACUGAGAAGACCCCCCUAUGCAGAGAGACUUAGUAUGACCAACCUAACUUCUUUUGAACUUUGCCGACAACGUGGAGACUUAAUUAUCACAUUUAAAAGAUUAAAAUUCAAUUUCAGAAAUCUCAACCAAAUGUUUACCAUAAAUCAAGAUGAAUGCCUCAGAGGUCACCAGUUUAAACUUAAAAAAGAGAACUUCUCUACAAGAUCAAGACAGAACUUUUCACUAAAUAGAUUUUUCGAGAGCUGGAAUAACCUUAGUGGUAACAUUGUCUCGGCCUCUUCUACCAACAUGUCAGAGUGGACCAUUUUCUAUAACAGUCGAAAUAUUGUUUUUUAUUUCAACCGAAUUGUAUCUUUUUUUUGUUUUUUUUAUUAUAUCUACUAGUAAGUUACUUAUUAUAUAAUUUCAUUGUUUGUGUGCAUAAUAGGGACUUGCCCCUCCGUCCUUGCUUAUGAAUAAUAAUAAAAAAGUAUUUGUACCUACUUUGUACGCAACUAACAAGUUAUCUUCUAUUAUUCUGAUUUCAGCGAAAUAAAUAUACUUUAAGCAGUU